AUGGUCGCAUCUCAAUCCUUUAUAAGAAUUAAACCGGUAAAUUUGGUUAAAUUAUCAGCUCAGCGCAAUGGUAGGGCAGCUACGCAUAUGAGUUCUGUAUCAGAGACUGUUGAAAGUGCAAAAAAUGAUCAGCACAUGCUGCGCAUCCCUUUAAAACGGUUUCCUAGCGUGAUAGGACAUUCUACUAGCAGGAUCAGUAGAAGGUUCAAUGAGGAUACAUAUUCCAUGAGUUUAUUGAAGUUACCGUCCAUUACGCAGGAGUUGCUUAUAUCACAGAAGUUGAAAAAUGGGGAAGUGCUGGAUGAUGUGGAAUUGAGAUCAAGGUCGAUUCUGAAUCUUUCUGUUUUUGAUGGUCAUGGAGGUGAUCGUGUUUCAAAAUUGUUAGCUGAAAAGUUACAUGAUGAGGUUUCAAAUGAUUUUAUAACAAAGGAGGACUUUUAUGAGCUGUUACGAAGAUACAAAGACCUAAUCAAAGGUCGUUAUUGGGAGAAUCUCUACAGGACAAGAGAUACUUUCUAUGAAAAAUUCAUUAAGAAUUGCAACACGAAGGAAGAACAAGUCCUGUUUGGGUUAGAUAACCAAGGGUCAAGAAUGAUAUUUGAUAAAUGGGGAAAUAUUAUAGACAAAAUUUCAUUAUUAACUGAACAGGAAAGACUUAGAAUAUUUUAUGCGUACUUGAAAUUUGAUUUGGAAUCAUGUUGUGGGUAUGGGAAAACAGGAGAUUCUAGUACAAUGUCCUUGCAGGAUAGAGUUGAAACAUUUAAAGGGGGUUCGACUGCUUCUUCAAUUUUUAUAUCUGCAUAUGGCAAUGAACAUAAUCUGUUUGAUGAAUCAUUUUUCGUUGAUCCUAGAAGUUUAUUAAAGUUAGUAGUCACACAGGUUGGUGAUUCAAAAAUACUGUUAUGCGAUUCAAAUGGGAUAGCGCAUAGUUUAACAAAGAUACAUAGUGCUUCCUCAAAAAGGGAGUCUAAAAGAUUAUUAUAUCAAGAUGAUAUGGAGGUGAAUAAUGAUACGAGUCUUAACAGUGAAGCUGAUAUUAUCGAAGAGGAUGCUUUUGGUGAUAAAAGAUUCUUAAAUAAUUUUGCAAACACUAGAUCAUUCGGUGAUUUGAUAGGUAAACCAGAAGGGCUGUCAAGCGAACCAGAUAUUUAUUCAUACUUGAUAGGGUCAACCAAAACCAUCCCUCAUUCAGAAAAAUCGAAAUUACAAUUCGGAGGCGAUGAAUGCUUUAUUACAUUAAUUUCAGAUGGUGUCUCUAAUAUUCUCAGCGAUCAGGAAGUAGUUGAUCUAAUAACAUCAACUGUCAACCUUCGUGGUCUGAAAAAAGCUACGCCCCAAUAUGUAGCAGAUGAAGUUAUUAAAUUCAUAUCAGCUUUAUCAAAUAGAAACUCCGACAACGCAACAUGUGUGGUCUUACGUUUACCGAACUGGGGUAAUUGGCCCAAUAUCGAUAGAUCAGGUGCUGAAAGAGAACUAAAACUUCUAAACGUCCCUUAA